AUGAGUCCGCCGAAGGGCGCGGCGGACGCGUCGCAGGGCUCGAGGGUGAUCGUGCUGGACAAUGGCGGCGGCAACUGCAAGCUGGGGUUCGCGGGAGAGAAGGAGCCAAGGGCGGUGUUCCCAAACUGCGUCGCGCGGAGCUCCGCGGACAAGAAGGCCUACGUAGGCGACGCGGUCAACUCCUGCAAAGACCUCGCGUCCCUCGCGCUCAAACGGCCGAUAGACCGCGGGUACGUCGUCAACUGGGACAUGGAGCAGGAGGUGUGGGCGCACGCCUUCGACCACGUUUGCGGGGUGGACACGAAGGAGUGCUCGCUGGUCGUCACGGAGCCGCUGAUGAACUUCCCGGCCCUGAGGGAGACGAUGGACCAGGUCGUGUUCGAGGACUUCGGCUUCCAGUCGUACUACUGUUGCCCAGCGCCGACUCUGUCGCUGCACCACCUGCGGACGCUGCGCGGGCAGACGGCCGCGAAGGACGCCGGGUGCGCGCUCGUGGUCGACGCCGGGUUCAGCUUCACGCACGCCGCGCCGAUCUUCGACAAGAGGAUCGUCCAGGCGGGGGUCGCGCGCGUCAACGUCGGCUCGCGCGCCGUGACGAACUACCUCAAGGAGCUGGUAUCUUACCGGAGCGUCAACAUGAUGGAAGAAGUAUAUCUUGUGGAGCACAUCAAAGAUCGAGUGUGCUUCUACUCCCAAAACGUCGCCGCGGACCUCAAGGCCUCGCAGGCCGUCCGGCGCUCCCCGCACGCCCUCAGCUACGUCCUGCCCGACGGCCUCCUCAACACGUACGGCCACGUGGUCAGCGAGGAUCACAAGUUCGGCGGACCCCCCCCCGCGGACGGCGAGGCGGUGCUGACGCUCAACAACGAGCGCUUCAUGGCGCCGGAGCUCCUCUUCAGCCCCUCGGACAUCGGCAUCGAGCAGGGCGGCGUCGCGGAGGCAGUGCUGCAAGCCGUGGAGCGCUGCCCGCCAGCGCUGCAUGGGCUGCUGUGGGGGUCGGUGGUGCUCACGGGCGGCAUGGCGUGUCUGCCGGGCUUCAAGGAGCGCGUCGAGGCGGAGCUGCGGCCGCUGGUGCCGCAGGAGUUUGAGCUGAAGCUGACGCUGCCGGAGUCGCCGCACACCUUUGCGUGGCGGGGGGGGAGUCUGCUGGGGGCGUCGGGGGAGUUCGCGGGGCUCGCGGUGACGAAGCAGGAGUACGAGGAGCGCGGCACGACGCCGAUGAGGGAGUUCGUGUGGUGA